AUGUCGCAAGGAUUUGGAGAGUCGGUUGAACGCAAGGGGGAUAACGUUGGCUCGACAUAUGCAUGUGUGGGAGUGCGCAGACCGCAAGGCCUUUCACGAUAUCAAGGCCGUGGCACAACGAAUAACUGGCGAUCCACGCUCUCGGAGCAGGCAUCCCGCUUUGACGUCGAGAACGGCGACAGGGCUUCCCACACCUUCCUCUCCAUCACGUUGGACUGUCCUACGGCACCAUCCGAUCCACUUGCCAGAGGUUCUUGUACUAUGACGGGCGUGAUGGCCUCAAGCCCUCCUGCAGGCCGAGAUUGA